AUGAAUCCCACCGCGCCAACAACCGCAGCCCCUACAUCGGGCAACGCCAACAGCUACUUUAGCAUUCACAAGACACAAUCCACGGAGACAACCCCUGUGUCAACCCCUGGGUUCAAGAGCGAGGAGUUCGACCAAGCUGGACACAAGCUUCCUGCCCUCAACCGCGAGUUCCCCAAGCCUACAGAGGAACUCGACAUCCAAAGCAUGCUUGAUCGUCAACCUGGCCGAUGGACUACUAAGGGGCAAAUCGAGGCCAACCAGCGCCGAGCGCAACAUGCUCGCAACGAGGAAGAGAUCAAGGCUCAGCGUAUGCGAGACUUUGAGAAAGCCAAGGAAGAACUCCGUUCUUUAUGGCGGUUCUAA